AUUUAUGCCCAGUUCUUAGCAUACAACAGUUAUACAGAAUCAGUACUAUGUACUGGGAUGACAAGUAUGGCACGCAGAGUGUUACAUCAGAGAUCAUUUCAAGUAUGAGACUUGUGAUGGCCGAGGGUUCAAAUAAUUCUUCCAAUAAUUCUUUCUUGUUAGAUGAUGAUUCCAGCAUUCCAUUUUUGGUCGAUGAUAUCUCAAAGUCAAUGACAGAAAUAGAUAUAGCAGAUAUCGAUCCACCGCCUUUCCUUUGUCAGAGUUCGGGCUUUGCAUUUUUGGCACAAUGAAAGUAGCAAAUGUUACCCUCCUGUUUAUCCACUGCUAAUCCCCCUGUGCCUGUGCAUAAAUUUCUGCCUUCCAUCCUGUCCAUAUCAUCAAGUA